CACACACAGCCCGCAAUGGCAGAGACCGAGGCCGACGCGGCGGCGCCGCCCGCCGCCGCCCCCGGCCGCCUCCGCAACGCCUUCGGCGGUGUGCUGUGCGCCUUCACCCUCAUCCUCAUCGGCGUCCUCGCCUUCUCGAUCCGCCUCUUCUCCGUGAUCAAGUACGAGAGCGUGAUCCACGAGUUCGACCCCUACUUCAACUACCGCGUCACCCAGUUUCUGUCCAAGAAUGGAAUCUACGAGUUCUGGAACUGGUUUGAUGAUAGGACAUGGUAUCCCCUGGGCCGUGUGAUUGGUGGCACCGUGUAUCCUGGGUUGACAUUGACAGCUGGAAGCAUUUGGUGGUUGGUAAACGCUCUUAACAUCCCAUUAUCGGUGGAGACCGUAUGUGUGUUCACAGCUCCAAUUUUCUCAGCAUUCGCUUCCUGGGCUACUUACCUAUUGACGAAGGAAGCAAAGGGCACUGGAGCAGGAUUGAUGGCAGCAGCGAUUCUGGGAAUGGUCCCUUCAUAUAUCUCAAGAUCAGUUGCCGGAAGCUAUGAUAAUGAAGCUGUAGCAAUAUUUGCCUUGGUGUUCACAUUUUAUCUGUAUGUAAAGACACUGAAUACAGGAUCACUCUUUUAUGCAACGCUCAAUGCUCUCUCAUAUUUUUACAUGGUCUGUUCUUGGGGAGGCUACACAUUCAUCAUAAAUCUUAUUCCGAUGCAUGUGCUCUUGUGCAUUGUAACCGGUCGUUAUUCUUCACGACUUUACAUUGCAUAUGCACCCCUUGUUAUAUUGGGAACACUUCUCGCAGCCUUGGUACCUGUGGUUGGUUUUAAUGCAGUAUUGACAUCUGAGCACUUUGCAUCCUUUCUGGUGUUUAUAAUCCUUCAUGUGGUUGCCUUUGUUUCUUACAUCAAAGGACUUUUGACUCCCAGGCUGUUCAAAAUGGCUAUGACUCUUGUUAUAACUAUUGGCAUGGCUGUUUGUUUCGCUGUGGUAGCUAUACUUGUAGCAUUGGUGGCAUCUAGCCCAACAAAAGGCUGGAGCGGGCGCAGUUUGAGUCUACUUGACCCAACCUAUGCAAGCAAGUAUAUUCCCAUCAUUGCCAGUGUCAGUGAACAUCAACCCCCUACCUGGCCCUCUUAUUUCAUGGAUAUCAAUGUUUUGGCCUUCUUGGUUCCUGCCGGGAUAAUUUCAUGCUUCUUGCCUUUAUCCGAUGCAAGCUCAUUCAUGGUCUUGUACUUGGUGACUGCGGUCUAUUUUUCUGGAGUGAUGGUUCGACUUAUGCUUGUCCUUGCUCCUGCUGCUUGCAUUCUAUCUGGGAUUGCUCUCUCCUCAGCUUUUGAUGUCCUCACACGAUCAAUGAAAUUUCAGCUAUCCAAAUUAUUUGAUGAUGGCUCUGCUAUUUCAGGGAAUGGUAGCACAGAGGUUUCUAGUGCUAGCACGGUUAAUACAAAUUCAUCAAAAAGUGAAAAUAAGACUGAAAAAUCCGAAGCAGCCCCAAAGGAAAAAUCAUCAAAGAAGAACCGGAGGAAGGAAAAAGAAGUGACAGAAAGUGUUCCUGCCAAGUCUAAAAAGGAAAAGAGACUUUCUGUUCUGCCUUUGGAAGCAUCUGUUAUAGGCACUUUGUUACUGAUUAUAUUAGGUGGUUUCUACGUAGUCCAUUGUGUUUGGGCUGCAGCUGAAGCAUACUCUGCACCUUCAAUUGUGUUGACAUCUCGUUCGCGUGAGGGAUUGCAUGUUUUUGAUGAUUUCCGUGAAGCUUACGCAUGGCUUAGCCAUAACACUGAUGUUGAUGACAAGGUUGCAUCCUGGUGGGACUAUGGUUAUCAAACAACUGCUAUGGCGAACAGGACUGUGAUUGUAGACAACAAUACCUGGAACAACACUCACAUAGCAACAGUUGGUACAGCAAUGUCAUCCCCAGAAAAAGCAGCGUGGGAGAUUUUUGAUUCUCUAGAUGUCAAAUAUGUGCUUGUUGUGUUUGGAGGGCUGGUUGGCUACCCUAGUGAUGAUAUCAAUAAGUUCCUUUGGAUGGUUCGCAUAGGAGGUGGUGAAUUCCCUCACAUCAAGGAACCGGAUUAUCUCAGAGAUGGCCAGUACCGUGUCGAUGCUCAAGCAACCCCAACUAUGUUGAAUUGCCUCAUGUACAAGCUUUGCUAUUACAGGUUCGUUGAGACUGAUGGGAAAGGCUUCGAUAGAGUAAGAGGAUAUGAAAUAGGAAAGAAGCAUUUCAAGCUAACACAUUUUGAGGAGGUGUUCACGACGCACCACUGGAUGGUCCGCAUUUAUAAACUAAAACCUCAAAAGAACAGGAUCCGAGCCAAGUUGAGGAAGUUGAAAUCUGGUUCCAAAUCAAGUUCCACACUUGCAGCAGGCCAAAAGAAGAACCCAUGGCAAUGAAGAGAAAACUUGUUCCAUUUACUUGAAACUUGACAUUGUAGCUCAACUGCACUAAGCUCAAAAGAACCAGAAUACUACAGAACUAGAUUAGAGAUAUCUGCAUUGUUGUGCUUGGAAUUUGACCCACUGGCUGAACCAGCCAGAGUGCUGAUGAGAAUUUUUGACUGCUGAAUUAUGAUUCUCUCCCCAUUUGUUGGGACACUCCU